CUUGACCUUCAUUCACCGUGUCGCUCUUUAGCUGCUUCGACGCCUUCAUGGCACCCGGAAUCAUGUGUUUCGGUAAAAAACCCGAUGACCCCGGUCAUAAGAAGAAUGAAGAGAUAGAUCGCCAGCUCCGCAUGGACAGGAAGAGACAGGAGAGGGAGGUCAAGCUGCUGCUGCUGGGUGCCGGCGAGAGCGGCAAGUCGACCGUGUUGAAGCAAAUGCGCGUCAUUCACGCCGGUGGCUUCUCCAAGGCCGAGCGGAAGCAGUGGCGCGUCGUCAUCUUCAACAACCUGGUCAACGCAUUCGAGAUUGUCUUCAGUGCGAUGCAGGAGCAGGGAAUCAGCUUCGAAUCCGAAGAUGGCACCCGAUACGCCGAGCUCAUCAGUCGCGAGCCCGAAAUUGGUCCCGAGGAUGUCAUGCCCAAGGAUUGUCUCGAGGCCUUCCAGUCGCUCUGGGAGGACAAGAACGUGCAGCUGGCCAUCCUGAAGGGCAACGAGUACGCACUGCACGACAACCUCAGCUAUUACUUCCUAGAUGUCGAGCGCCUCUUCGCCAAGGACUAUCUUCCUACCGAUCAGGACAUCCUGCGCACCCGCCUGAGGACGACCGGUAUCAGCGAGACCGUCUUCGAUCUCGGCAACCUUACAUAUCGCAUGUUUGACGUCGGUGGCCAACGCUCUGAGCGGAAGAAGUGGAUUCACGUGUUCGACAACGUGCAAGUGGUUUUGUUCUUGGUCGCCAUUAGCGGUUACGACCAUGUGUUGGUGGAGGAUAGGAAUGGGAACCAAAUGCAUGAAGCGCUCAUGCUUUUCGAGUCCAUUUCAAACUCUAAGUACUUCGAGAAGUCGGCUCUCAUUCUCUUCCUCAACAAGGUCGAUCUCUUCCGCGAGAAGCUCACGGCGGGCCACAGCCCGAUUAACAAGCACUUCCCGGACUACUACGGAAAGCCCAACGACAUUGAGGCCGGCCAGGAGUUCUUCGCAAACAAGUUUAGGAACCUCGUCCGACAACCGAAGAAGGAAGUCUACGUUCACUAUACGACGGCCACGGACACGGAUCUCCUCAAGAAGACGAUGGCAUCGGUGCAGGACAUGAUUGUUCAGCGGAACCUGAAUGCGCUGAUACUAUGAAGAGAUGGCAGCUGAUUCCCUGGGGUGGUUGCGUGACGAUUCCCCUUCGUUUUUUUGAGAUUUCGCCUUUUAUACGUUCGAUAACCGUGUUGUUUGUACAGCAUUUGAAGGAUACCUUGGCUUGGAGAUUUUUAUUUUAAAAGGCAGCGUUUGGUUUCUCUCUUUUGCACGCAGGUUCCCGCAAGCGCAUGGCCGCGUAAUUUUUUUCCUCGAGUUUUAUCACUGAUCACACUGGACGAAUAACGGCCGGAUGUCAUCUUCACCAUAGAGGAGGGUUCUUCUUUGUUAAUGGCAAUUCACACUUAAUUUGC